AUAUAUAUAUAUAUAUACUUGUGAGUGGUAGAUUUGAGCAUGAAAUUGCAUGAUAAUUUCUAAAUUUUCUAUGUGAUCACAUAGCUAAAAGACCCUACUUUGUCCAAAAACAAUCGUAUAGAUUGCAGUCACAUUUGUGUUGUGGAAGUCCAAAGAAAAUUAAAACUAGCAUACAUCAAUUGACUUCCAAAUGAUCUUUAUUACACAGUUGGAGAAAAAGAAGAAAAAAGAGAGCAUGAUAGAUAAUUAUCUGCCAUAAAAGUACAAAGGUGAAUCGGGUUUGUCAUCCACAUGGCUACUACCAAAUCGAUCAUUUUCUUUUUCACUGUACAAACGGAUGUACAUGAGCUGACACUAUAUCAAUCCAAUUCCAAUUCCAGCCCAACGGUCCUACCCAGCUGACACCAAUUUGGAGUUUCUCUCUCACCUCUUUUUUAGCUUCAAAAAAAGGCUUUUAAUUUUGCAAAAAAUAAAUAAAAUAAAGCUCACGAGAGCCAGCGUGACAGAUUUUCAAAAAACUUCAAAAAAAGGGCAUCCACAAACCAAGUAUAAACAGGAGAAAGAAAAAAAUUAUACGUAGCAAUCUCACAUAAAACAAAAACUCAAAAACAAAUCUGAGAGAGAGAGAUCUCAACCCAAGUUGUGGUUGAGAUGCAUCUGACCUCUAUUCACUUUCUCCACUACGCUGCAAAAAAGAAAACAAAACCAUCAUCUCCAGCCCCAUUAUACAACUUUCUUUGUCUCCUCUCUUCUCUCUUCAUUUCAUCUCUCCUAAUUAGUUUCCAGAAAAAAAAAGAAAAGGAAACAACCAGAGAGUAUAGGUUCUGAUCGAGCAGUACUAAUUAUUACCAGUCCACUUGAAACUAAUUUUCAUGGAAUAAACUAAUAUCUUUUGCGCAGACUAGCUUGUAAGCUAGGAGUUGUUUAAUUUUCAAUAUCAGAUUAUACAUAUUAUAUAUAUAUAUAUAUAAUAUUCAUCUGGAGAUUUUGAAAGGGUUGCUUGAUGCUUAUUUUAUCACCUUUGAGGGAUGGCCAUCAUCAGCUCAAGGAGGAGAAGCAGUUAGGUGGCGGCGGUAGAGAUGAGGGUGAAGUGGAGGGUUUUGAUUUCAAUGGAGGGAAUAGCGUGGGGUCGGCGGGGCUGGACUUCCCGGAGUUUUCGGGGGGAAUGGGGAACCUUCUCGACAGCAUCGACUUCGAUGACCUCUUCAUCGGCAUCCAUGACGGCGACGUGCUCCCCGAUUUGGAGAUGGACUCAGAAAUUCUUGACUUUUCGGCUCACCGAGACCAUGGUGACGAAUAUUAUCAUAAUAACGCAAAGACGACUUCGUCCAAAGUGGAAGACCAGGAGGAGGAGGAGGAGGAGGAGGAGGAGGGUAAGGACCGUGUCAGAGCGGCAGCGGAUAGUUUAACAAAUGCUACUACUACGAGAAAUAAUCAGACCUACUCGAGCUCCAGUAAUACUAGUACUACUACUACUUCUGCCACUCAAGAUCAGGAUCGAGAUGGAGGACAUGAAGAAAUUGGGAGUAAAGGAAACUGCAAUAGUAAUAUUAAUAAUAAUAUUAGUCAAAUUAGGGCAUCUCAGCAUGAACAAAAUCAGCUGCUCAAUCAAUCGUCAAGUCCCAAAGAAUCAGCUGAUCAGAAAUUGGCUCGGAAGUCAUCAUCCACAGCGCAAUCCAAGAAUUCUCAUGGGAAAAGAAAAGUUAAGGUGGAUUGGACACCAGAACUGCACAGGAGGUUCGUGCAAGCAGUAGAGCAGCUAGGGGUGGAUAAGGCAGUGCCUUCUAGGAUUUUAGAGCUUAUGGGAAUAGAUUGUCUCACUCGCCACAAUAUUGCUAGCCACCUUCAAAAAUAUCGAUCCCAUAGGAAACAUUUGCUCGCCCGUGAGGCAGAGGCAGCAAGCUGGACCCAGAGACGACAAAUGUAUGGGGCAGCAACUGUCAGCGGAGGAGGAGGAGGAGGAGGAGGAGGAGGAGGCAAGAGUAGUAGAUAUGACGUCAUGAUGAUGAACAGCCCUAAUUGGCUCAAUGCACCCACCAUGGGUUUCCCUCCCAUACCUAGCCCUACACCACCAUCCAUGCACCACCACCACCACCACCAGAUGAUCAGACCCUUACAUGUGUGGGGCCACCCCUCCAUGGACCAAUCUAUGAUGCACAUGUGGCCAAAGCAUCUUCCCCAUAAUUUCCCAUCUCCAAUACCACCUCCUCCUCCACCUGCACAUGCAUGGCCUCCUCCUCCUCCUCCACCGUCGGAUGCCUCGUAUUGGCACCACCCUCCCCCUCACCACCAGCGUGUUCCAAAUGCACUAACCCCAGGAACACCAUGCUUUCCAAGGCAGCUAGCUACUGCGACGCAGAGAUUUCCCGCUCCACCUGUCCCAGGCAUUCCUCCGCAUGCCAUGUACAAAGUAGACACAGGCAUCGCUGUCCCCUCUCCACAAUCUGGGCCCCACCCUCUUGUCGAUUUUCAUCCGUCAAACGAGAGCAUAGAUGCAGCUAUUGGAGAUGUUUUAUCGAAGCCAUGGCUACCUCUUCCUCUUGGCCUAAGGCCUCCGGCUACUGACAGCGUCAUGGUGGAGCUACAGCGGCAGGGAAUUCCAAAGAUACCGCCCUCCUGUGCUUGAACCAGAUCUUCUACAUUUCUCAAACAUGUAUGUUAUUUGAUGAUGUGUUCAAGACAGAAGAGAACCCCAAAAUUAAUCUGACGACAUGUCCUUCCGCGUAGAUGUGCACAUUGACCUGAACAUCUGCGAGUUUUUCUUUUUCUUUUUUGCCCAUCAGUUUUCUAGGCCUUGCAUAAAAUAAUUGAGUACGUACUUCUACUUUAUCUAUGUACAAGAACACCUUCUUAUGUUAAUUAGCAUAUGUGUAAUAAUAAAGCCAAUAAUUUUUGUA